AAUCACAAUUGCCGACACAACGGUCCGAGAUCACGUGAAUCAAAGGACCUAGUCGACAUGUAUGUGAAACUGGCAUAAAUACAAACUGAACAAUGUCUUUCGUUCAGCCACAACGUGAACACGGCAACAUCGUGGCCGUUGCAACAUAGAAGGUCCUGGAAAGAAUCAUCCUUCUGCUGCGAUACUCUCCGUUAACACACAGUCAAGAGGAUGGGAAACCUUCCACUUUGCCUUCUGUUCUUCAUCCUCAUCUCCGUGGCACCUCUCUCAGCUAGAACCUUCUUGGAAGAUUACGGUGAUCUGAGGGAAAGUUUAGUCGAUGAGACCAAAUAUAAUUUCAAAGUGAGGCCAGCAAAUGAAACAGUCAUCAACAUCACUCUUGAUUUAACAACACUGAACAAACUGGACAUAGGAUCUCAGACGUUAACUUCCACAUUUCUGCUGUAUAUGUCAUGGAUUGAUGAGCGACUCACUUGGCCAUCAACGACUAACAUCAACUAUCUGAUAUACAGCAUCAAAGAGAUAUGGACACCAAAUCUUGUUAUUACAAAUUAUGUAAAUGACUUUGGACUGAUUGGGAUAUACGAAGACGGCCCCGUUCCUCUCAGGGUGUCCUAUGAGGGUCGAGUGGUGUGGACUCUCCGCGUGGCCACGACGACAACGUGUCAGGCCGACAUUACGUAUUAUCCGUACGACACUCAGACGUGUCAGGUUCAAAUCAUGGAAUGGGCACAUCCAUUCAAUGAAGUGGAUCUUGUGCCGGAGGGGAUUGAAAGCAGUUCCUUCCAAAGCGACGGCGAAUGGGAGUUACUAAAUGCAUCUUUGGAAAGUGCUGGAGAUAUCGGUGCACACAAUUCAACUUAUAAAAAGAUUAAGUAUACAUUCCACUUCCAGAGGCAGUUCCAGUGGUACAUUCCGUUGAUGAUGAUACCAUUGGGAGUUCUGUCGCUGCUGAUGCCUGGCGUGUUCCUGGUGCCAGUGGAGACCGGAGAGAAGAUGUCCUACGCUCUUACAGUGAUGCUGUCAUUUACGGUGAUCAGUUCUUUUCUGUUUGAAACACUACCAACCGUCUCAGUCAACUACUCCUUGUUAGGCGUCUACAUUUCUGCGACGAUGACGUGCGGUGCCCUGAUGAUCGUUUUUUCACUGGUAGUGCUCUUUUUCAACCACCCUGCUGAUGACAACGACCGCAUGCGAACUGUGAAGGCACUUGAUAUUUGUGCUUUUAGUUUCUUCUUUAGCCUGAUGGUACUUAUGAUGAUCUGUUUUCUGCUUAUUUUGAAUCAUCCUAUUGCUGACAAGAACGUUAGUGUUCUUGGAAUAAUGCUUGGUGUUCCCAUUGUAGCCAGCGUUGCCAUAUGUUUGGUUGUAAUCAUAUGUGCCUGUCGAAGAAGUUCCCAUAUCAAGGAUACAGGAACGUGAAAAAAGGAAAAGUGAACCUUUGCUGCAUUGCAUUGUAGAGACUUGUCGUGUCCACAUGUACACAUUGUAUGAACACUUCCGCUUACGCACAAACGCACAUUGCAUCUCACAAAUCAGUUUGUGGAAUGCAUUUGAAACUUUGGUUC